UUCCCGACCCUCCCGGGCGGCGGCGGCGGGGGCCCGGAGCGGGCGGCGGGGGCCCGGACCCCCACCCACCCACCCACCAUGCCGCAGCUGGAACCGACGGGGGAGACGGACGACUUGGGGGCCCCCGACGAGCUCAUCCCGUUCCAGGACGAGGGCGAGGAGCAGGACAAGGGCGCGGGGCGCGGCUCGGCCCAGGGGGACCUGGACGAGCUCAAGUCCUCCCUGGUCAGCGAGACCGAGAGCCGCGGCCCCGCCACCGGCCCCGCCGCCUCCACCGGCUCCGACAACGAGGCGGAGCCGCCGCCGCAGCCCCGGGAAAGUUUACAGAAGCCGCGGGACUAUUUGGCAGAAGUGGUUCGGCGGCAGCAGGAAAGGGGGGUUUUCAAGGGCCCCCCCUACCCCGGGUACCCCUUCCUGAUGCUCCCCGAGCUGGGCAGUCCCUACUUGCCCAACGGAGCCCUCUCCCCUGGUGGAGCCCGCACCUACCUGCCAGUGAAGUGGCCCCUGCUCGAUGUGCCCCCCGGGACCCCUCUCAAGGACACCCCCCGGCCCCCCCCCACCCACCUGGCCCACAAGGUCCCAGGGGUGCAGCGUGGGCCCCCCCUGCACCCCCUGACCCCCCUCAUCACCUACAGCACUGACCCCCUGCCCCCCAGUGCCACCCCCGGGCACCUGCCCCCCGACAUUGACCCCAAGACGGGGAUCCCGCGCCCGCCCCCCGACCUGGCCCCCUAUUACCCGCUGCCCCACGGAGCCGUGGGGCAGAUCCCGCACCCGCUGGGCUGGCUCGUGCCCCAGCAGGGCCAGCCCGUGUACUCCAUCCCUCCUGGUGGUUUCCGGCACCCCUACCCCGCGCUGGCCAUGAACGCCUCUGUGUCCAGUUUGAUGUCCAGCCGUUUCUCCCCGCACAUGGUCCCGCCACCCACCCAUGGGCUGCACCCCUCGGGCAUCCCCCACCCCACCAUCGUCUCGCCCAUCGUCAAGCAGGAACCCACCCAACCCAGCGUCAGCCCUGGAGGCAACUCGAAGUCCCCUGUCCCGGUGAAGAAGGAAGAGGAGAAGAAGCCCCACAUCAAGAAGCCCCUCAACGCCUUCAUGCUCUACAUGAAAGAGAUGAGGGCCAAGGUGGUGGCAGAGUGCACGCUGAAGGAGAGCGCAGCCAUCAACCAGAUCCUGGGCAGGCGGUGGCACUCCUUGUCCCGGGAGGAGCAGGCCAAGUACUACGAGCUGGCGCGCAAGGAGCGGCAGCUGCACUCGCAGCUCUACCCGGCCUGGUCUGCGCGGGACAACUACGGCAAGAAGAAGAAGCGGAAGCGGGAGAAGCUGCUGCAGCCGCAGGAGCCCGAGAAUCCCCUUCCAGCCCGGAGCAAGAAGCCGAGCGUGGCGCCGCUGGUUCCGGCGGAGAAGCCGAGCGGCCCCGGCAGCCCCGCCUCGUCCCACGGCAGCUCCAUGUUGGACUCCCCGGCCACCCCCUCGGCCGCGCUGGCCUCCCCGGCCGCCCCCGCGCCCACCCACUCGGAGCAGGCCCAGCCGCUCUCCCUCACCACCAGGGCCCAGCCCCGCGCCCACCUGCCCGCGCCCCCCGCGGCCCCCCGGGCAGGAAAAGCCUCCUCCUGCUCCUCCAGGCCCAGCCCCUUCUCCUCAGCGGCCCCCGCGGCUCUCCUGGCCUCGCCUCCAGCCUUGGUGGCCACCAGCCCGUCCCCGCAGGCCGCCCUGCAGACGCAGCCUCUUGCCCUGGUCACCAAACCUGCCGACUAAGGGGGCAAAACAUGUCAAAACCAGCCCCAAACCCCUGGUCCUUCCUCCUCAUCCUCCCUCCACCCCCUCCCUGCUGGACGCUGCCGAAGCCACAACAAGGUCCAACCACAGCCAAGCCCGUUAUUGGUCAAUAUUUGACCUUUCUGGAACACUUUUUGGAAGCAGGCCCUGAAGAGGAGGGGGCAGCUGCCCCGGGGGGACCCACAGACCCCUUUUGUUAUAAAAAAAAAGGCAAAAAAGGAAAAAAAAAAAAAAAAAGUAUCAAUCAAAAGCAACCCAAGGAGAAGAGGAACUCUGGGCAAGGGGAAGCUGCUGCCAGGUGACAGGGGCACGGGCCAAGUGCCAGCCAUGGCCACCCCGGGCACAGGCACCUGGCGGCCCUGAGGCAAGAGCAGAAGUGGCUGCUGAGCUGGGCCACCAACCUCGGCCACCAACCUGGGCUAAAGCCCUGGUGCCCACGGCUUCUCCCAAGUCUUCCCGUCCAUCCCGUGGCUGCCUUGGUGACUGGUGACCCCGUCCCAGCCCCUGCCCUGAGGUGCUCCCCAGGGUGCUGUGCCCGAGGUCCUGCUGGUGGGGCAGGGGUGGGGCUGGGCCGGGUUUGGCUGUUUUCCCCCCAUCCCUCUUAUUUUUCACAAAAGGAAAUAAAAUCAGAGCUGCAA